UGGGGCAACUUUUAUUGGCGAGAAAAAAAAAAAAAAAGCAAGAACAUUGUUCAGUGUGUAGAUAGAAAAAAUAAAAAAGAAACCCUUUGACCUCUGAAAUUAGAAAUCUAGGAUUAUGUUUUCCAAAGAAUAGAAUCAUCCAUCUAUUUUAUCCCCGCAAUCUCCGCUAUUUUCAGAGAUUUUCACGGUGAUACACAACAGUUUUUGAAUUUUUUUCUGAAGGUCUUGGUCAUGAAGGGCAUCAGCUCAUUCAGGGUUUCCUGAAGAGAGAGAGUGCCCAAUUGCAUUUUCCGUAAUUUAUAUUCUUACAAGUUUUGCAUCCAUAACCAUCUAAUCACAAGAAUGGAGGAUUGCCAAUGAUAGCCGUGGAAGGUUUUUGAGUUACGGACAUUUAUUUGAAGACAUCAUCAUGGGUGCAGUUUGUUGCUGCUUGCGAGAUGAAUGCGAAGAUUUUGCCAAUCCAAACAGCUCAAUAUAUAGGAACUGCUUAUGCCUUCGAUGUUUCGUUCAAAACUUCUUGCACAUGUAUGCAUCAUUGUUUCAUAGAGGAGAACAACAUGCCAUUGCUUCAUCCACUCAAGGUACAACAUCUUUGAGCUCCUCAGCAUCCCUUGAUAACUCACUAUCUGAUAUGUACCGCUCUCCUCCAAGACCACUUCCUUACGAUGCUGAUCCAAGAUACUUCCGCUUGCAACGUGAUGGGCUAGUCUCAAGAAGGGAGAAAGGCUCAAGUCACUCACAUGAGGAAACUGAACCACUACGAAGAAGUGAUAUUGAUGACGAUUCUGAAUCUUUGGGUACGGGCAAUAAAUGGAAGGAGUCUGUAUGUGAAGAAGGAUCAAAAGAAUAUAAUUCCAAGUCAUUGAAAUUCUCUACAGCUAAAACAACUACUGAGUUUACUCAAAUUUGUUAUUCUUCAGAAGAUGAAGAUGUCUGCCCGACAUGUCUUGAAGAAUAUACUGAAGAAAACCCAAAAAUAAUGACAAAAUGCUCUCACCACUUCCACUUGGGUUGCAUAUAUGAGUGGAUGGAGAGAAGUGACAACUGUCCAGUAUGCGGCAAGGUAAUGCUAUUCAACGAGUCGCCAUGAUCUUUGCUCUUAAAAAGCUCUAGUCGUGGAUGAAACCAGAAGGAGAUAAGGGCAACAACUAAUAAACCAGAAAAGCUAAUCAACGUAAAGUCAUUGUGAAUAUCUGUGCAGCUAAAUGUGUGACCAUACAUCAGUAAAAAUGAAAUUAUUGUUCAAUGUAACUCUCUGUUUGGAACUUUCGAGUUCAUAUUGAUCAUUUGAUGCAACAGAAAACAGUUCCAAAGUACUUUAUGUAAUCUUGUUUUGAUUUGAUGAAUGAUUUCUCCCAGUGUAUAGCACAUUGUUCCUACUUUCACAAGUUGAAUGUUGGCACAUUUGUCCCCAAAAUCA